AUGGAGUACCCUACCAAUAACCAAAUAAUUUUCGGGCCAGAUUGGGACCUCAGUCGCUGGACCUCCUCCGAUGACCGCGUCCGUGGUGGAUCAUCUGUGUCAAAUCUCGAUCCUACCCCGGAAGGGGUGCUUUUUCACGGAAACCUCGACAUUGAGACACUCGGCGGUGCUGGGUUUGCUUCACAGCGCACGAUCGGAGACGAACAAGUAUGGGACCUGACCGGACACGAUGGUGUUGAGCUACACGUUGGUCCAUCGGAUAGGAAACGUUACACUUUCUCCCUGACAGACGAAAUACCACAGCAGAGGCCAGACGGCCGUGAACAAAGUGCUCUUGUCUGGGAAUAUGAUUUCUGCGAGAGUGAAACAGGGCGUGAAGUGCGUAUCUCAUGGAAAGAUCUGAAACCGACGUAUCGAGGCAAGCCGGUAGAAGAUGCUAGGCCGUUGGACUUGUCGUGUAUAAAAAGGUUCCGGAUCAUGAUUCGAAGUUUCUUUGGGGCACAACAAGGUGACUUUAGCCUGAAAAUUCAGUCGAUCGGUCUGUUCCGCCAGAGCUACCUUGAUGAUCCUAGUGUCCCGAAAGAUUCCAUGGGCCACGGUGACGACAAGACGGGACCGGAGGAAACUGAAGAGAAGAAAAGCUGGUUUCGAAGUUGUUGCCCAUUGUUUUAA